AUGACAUCCUUACCAAAAUAAUUUAGAAAUCUUUUAAAAUAGAUCGAUUUAUUUAGCAUACCAGUUCCAGUGUUAACAAAUGAUGCUAAAUCUUAGUAUUCAAGUUCCUACAGUGGACUUAUCUCUAUUUUGGCUUCAGUUCUCAGUAUAGCUUACUUUGCUUAUGUAAUCUCAGAGUGGGCAAACGGUAACAUUCCUCCCACUAUUACAACUAAUUAAUCAGCAUAAGCUUAUUCUGAAUAAGAUUUGGAUGAUAAUUUUAUUUAGUUCAAACUAAAUGAUCCAACAAAUCAUGAUCCUUUUAAACGAAAAAAUAAUAUUAUUACUCCACUAUUAUUUGUAGUUGAGAAUUUUAAAAUUGUUACUGCUCCAACACCAUUAUUUAGUGAUGAAAAUAAACCAUUUACUAUUGGAUUAAAGGAAGGAACACUAGUAGUUAAUAAUUUAAAUAAUAAAACUGAUGGCCAAUAAUAUAAGCCUUAUAAAAAUUAUUUGUUAAUAUUUAUUGAAUGUUUAGAAUAAUAUUUAGAUGAUGAUAGUAAUUGUGCUAGUCAAGAAGAGAUAGAUUAAUAUAUGUCAGGUUAUCAUGGAUUUUUAUCAAUUAUUAUGUAGUUGGAGUAAUAUAACUAUAGAUAAGAUCAAAUAGAAUAUAUCACAAAAUAAGCUUAUUAAGCACUUUCUCCAGCCUAUAUUUAAUAUACUUAAAUUACAAUUCAAUAAAAAGAGAUUGAUCUUGAUGAUGGUUUGUUAUUUGAAAAUAAGGUUACUCAUAAAUUAAUUAAUGAUUUCUAUAUAAUCAAUCAAUCGAUUGAUAAUCAGUAUAUAUAAAAUAUUGCAUCAUCAUUUUCAACUUAGAAAUUUUAGUUAAAUGCUAUAUUUGCAUAUUAAAUAAGCAUUGAUAAUUUAUAAAUUUCAGAAAGGAUUAUCAAACCAAAAUUAAGUGCUGUUUUGGCUUAUAUAGGUUCAAUAGUCUAAGUAAUAUUUUUGUUGAAGUAUUUGGCUAUCUUCAUAAAUAAUCAAUAGUUUAAAGAAGAAAUGCAAACCGAAAUUCUUCAAAUGUAUUACCCAAAAUUGAAAAAUGUAAAAGUUAAAAGAAAUUUUUUUGGUAAGAUAACUUCUACAAAUCAGAGUAAUGAAGACAAUCAAAAUUAAAUCUUUAUUAAAUAAUAUGAAGAUCAUCUUAAUUUAGCAUUUAAAAAAAUACGGUUGAUAAAUAUUAUUUAUGAGAUAUCCAGGAUUGAACUAUUAAUGGAGAAACACUUUGGAAUUCAAAAAAUAUGUGAGUGUAACUAAUUGGGUAAUGAAUUUUAGUUUUCUGAUCAUGAUAAAAAAAAUGAAUCUCCCAGAGCAUCUAUGUUAUCAGUAGGAAAUUAAAGUCCUUAACCAAAAGAUGAUAUCUUUAGAUUAUUUAAUAAAAGUUGA